AUGAUAGAGAGGUGUUUCCAUUUAAGUCUCGACAUGGCAACUGUGACGAUCAAACAAGGUGAUUUAAAAGGCGUGCUGUGCCAAACGGACGAUGUGGAAUAUUAUGCGUUCAAAGGAAUACCGUACGCAAAACCACCUGUCGGACGAUUGCGAUUCAAAGCCCCUGAGCCCCCUGAGCCAUGGGUGGGCUUGCGGGACGCGUCGCAACACGGCCCCGUGUGCCCUCAGUACAACGAGCGAAUGGACCGCAUUGAGAGCGGCAGCGAGGACUGUCUGUACGUUAACGUGUACACCAAGUCGCUCGCGCCCGUCAGCCCGCUGCCCGUGUUAUUGUGGAUCCAUGGUGGAGGGUUUUACACGGGGUCCGGCAACUCCGAAUUCUACGGGCCGGAGUUCUUUAUGGAGCAUGACGUCGUCCUCGUCACGUUCAACUACAGACUGGAGGUGCUCGGGUUCCUUUGCUUGGACAACGAGGAGGUGCCAGGUAACGCCGGCUUGAAAGACCAGGUCGCGGCGAUGAAGUGGGUUAAGAGCAACAUCGCCGCUUUCGGUGGCGACGCCGACAACAUCACAAUUUUCGGAUGCAGCGCCGGAGGAGCGUCGGCCUCUUACCAUCUCACGUCAAAAAUGAGCCAAGGGUUGUUCAACAAAGCGAUAUGCCAGAGCGGCGUCUGUUUGAACGACUGGAGCUACAAUUUGUACGCGAAGAAGAGAGCAUUUCAAUUAGGCAAAUUAUUAGGCAAGGACACGGACAGUACGGACGAACUGCUGGAAUUUCUGAGGAACGUCCCCGCGUCGUCGCUAGUCAAUAUUAAUCUACCGUCACUAGACGUAAAACAUAAGGAUAUAGUUGAUAGCAUUUUCUUCGGUCCUGUGGUGGAAAGCGAGCAUUUGAGAGUUCAGAAGUUUAUUACCGAAUCACCGAUCGAUUCCCUCAAAAAGGGACUCGUUGCUGAUGUACCCAUAAUAGUCGGAUACACCUCUGGUGAAGGCAUAGAAAUGGCUCGAAAACUUAAACAAUUAAUAAAAUUUCUAAGAAAAUCUGGCUCCAUUGUGCCUAGGGAAAUCAAAUUAAAAGUCGAUCCGGAAGCACUUAAAUAUAUCGAUGGGAGAAUGCGCGCGAAAUAUUUCGGCGAUAGAGAAAUUUCAGAAAACAUGCUGCAAGAAGUUGCCGAUCUACAGACCUACAGUUUGUUCGGUUACAACAUUUACAGAUUUGCAUCGCUCUGCGCGAUGUUCAAUACAAGCUCUGUUUAUUUGUACAAAUUUACGGCUGAAACCGAGAGGAAUUAUACAAAGAGGAGUUAUAAAAUGAAUAGCGUUAAAGGGGUAUGUCACGCGGACGACCUGCCAUACCUAUUUAACGUCACCUGUUUAAACAUUCCACUAAGCGAGGACUCCAAACCUAUUAUUAGGAGAAUGGUUGCCUUAUGGACAUCGUUUGCUCGGACUGGAAAUCCCACAAAUUUGUCUCACGUGCCGAUCUGGAAGCCGUAUACGAGCAAGGAUAAAAACUGCUACCUAAUGGGCAGAACUUUCGAAUGUGCGGAGAACCCAGAUGGUGACCACAUUAAUUUUUGGGAAGAGAUUUACUCUUCUACCCUAAAAAACGAUGUGACGAGCAACUGCAGAAUG